AUGGAAACACCUUCGAUCAAGCUCGUAGACGCGACCGUUGCUGCCCCAUCGGGCUGGCACCCCCAAUCAUGGCGCUCCAAGCAAGUGGCCCAGGACGUCGUCUAUGACGUCGCACCGACCCCUAUCAGCGAGACGGACGCACCCGUGCCCGAUCCUGUGCUUUACAAACCCAAGAAAUCCCUGUCGGCUGUGGUGGACAACUUGUCCGUUCUUCCUCCCCUGGUGUCGGCUGUAGAGGUGAGCUCCCAGUGACGACUCGCGCGCGCGAAGUACGUCCGUAGUCCGGUUCUCGGUGCGAAGUCCCAUUUCCGACCGUCGAAAUCAAAGCCGGACCGACGGACCGAACGAGGAGGCGUAGCAGCAGCAGCUGAUCACACCCUCGACAUGCUCAACAGAUCGAACGACUCAAAGCCCAAUUGGCAAAAGUAGCCAAGGGGGACGCGUUCCUGCUUCAGGGUGGUGAUUGUGCUGGUCAGUCAUCCCGUUCGGAAACCGGCUCCACAUGCACACCAGAGCGAGCGAGGAUGGAUGGGCUCAUUCACCUCUCAUGACGCUUACAGAGCUCUUCGAUUACUGCACCUCGGAAAAGAUCGAGCAUCGCCUCUCGCUGCUUCUGUCCAUGUCGCUCAUCCUGAUUUGUGAGUCACCCACGCGGCCAAGAGCUCGUUCGGACGUUUUGACUCAUCACCUUUUUCCGACAGGGGGCAUGAGGAAACCUGUCGUGCGAAUCGCCAGGAUGGGUGGACAGGUCGGUCUCAAACGCAAUGUCUUUGUCAAGGUUCAUCAUUGACAGUGGGUUUCUUUUUGCUGUAGUACGCCAAACCGAGGUCAAAGCAGACCGAAGUUGUUGACGGCAAGGAAAUUCCCUCCUUUCGGUCAGUCCGCUCUGCUCUUCUGCGUGUCCUACUUCAGCGCCUCACUCAUUCUUAACGCUUUAUAUUGCGGUACUCAGCGGGCAUAAUGUCAAUGGUAUCUCACCCGACGAUCGUCUCCCCGAUCCCGAGCGUCUCCUCUCCGCCUACUUCCACUCCGCCGCCACCGUGAACCACGUCAGAGCACUCCUCGCCUCAGGCUUCGCCUCCCUACUCAACGCGAAUGGUGAAGACGUACCUUGGUCAUUACCCCUCUCGCACGUGCGCUCGCCGGAUUUGUUGAAGAGUUACGAACGCAUCGUCGCCGAGUUGAGCUCCGCGCUCGAAUUCCUCGGUGUUGUCGGUGGUGAUCGAGUGGGCAAAAACGGACUAAAUGGCGCGCUCGAGAGUGUGGAUAUCUUCAUGAGUCACGAGGUAGGUCUUGAUACGCAUUUCAUGUGUUCAGUCCCUGUACUGAUAGACCAAGCUUUCGGACAGGCCCUGAUGCUCGAAUACGAAUCAGCGUUGACGCGCGAGCUCUACGUCCCCUCAUUCGCGAGGACAAAGCCCGGAGAAAAAGCGUACUACUGCACUAGCGCGUGGGUUCGAGAUGUCUCUUUGUCGGAGUUGAUGUUUGUACUGAUACUCGCUCGCCCGGUAACCGAUCCUAGGCAUUUUAUCGUGGGUCGCUUCUCCCGACGGCAUCUCCAGCGCCGGCGAAUUAACCUACCCUGAGCUUACCGUCACGACUCUCAUGCUUGUACCUGCCUCCAGUGGAUCGGUGAUCGCACACGGCAAAUUGAUGGCGCACAUGUAGAGUAGGCCUAUUCCCUCUUCUGUUUCUUCAUGUCGUCGUCGGCCCCUAAACGUGAACUGACGAUAUCUGUACCAUGUUCGCAGAUUCUUCCGAGGUUCGUCCUCCGACCGGACCAGACGUGUGGGACCAUUUCACUCUCACUGACUCGGAUGGCGAGAGGGUUGAACAGGUCUUCGCAACCCGGUCGGUAUCAAAGUGGGACCUACUUCCGAACCGGCUGAACUCGUGCGCUUGCUCGGUAUCGUCGACCCCGAUAAGGAGCCGGGUCGAGUGACGCUUAUCACUCGUUAUGGAGCCAAUUUGGUCGAUCAGAAGUUGCCUGCCCAUAUUGAGGCCGUCAGUGCUUCGGGUCAUCCUGGUAUGUAGAAUUCCUACGGAUGAACAGGCGGUGCUGAGCCCACUGGCUGAGUUGAAACGGCUCUGAACUUCCACAGUGGUUUGGUGCUGCGACCCCAUGCACGGCAACACCCGUUCUGCCGCUGGUGGCAUCAAAACCCGAGCGAUGCACGACAUCGUCUCGGAGAUCUCGUCGGCUCUAAGGAUCCACCAAUCCAUGGGCUCGAACCUCGGUGGUAUCCACCUCGAGUUGACGGGUGAUAUCCAACAGGAUGGCCAGUCCGUCACCGAAUGCACGGGUGGGAGUAUGGAAUUGGGUGAGCAUCAAUUGGCGUUGAGGUUCGAGAGUUUCUGUGAUCGUGAGUCGUCGUGUGUAAGACGUUCGAGGGGCGUGGUCUGCGCGAAUCGAAAGCUGAUCUUUCCUUCUUGUUCGGCUUCAGCUCGACUCAACUUUGAGCAAUCUUUGGGUACGUAUUUUCCAUUCGCAUUGCGGUUCUUCACCCAACACUAAUCAGCCUUUUCCGUCUUCCCUCAUCUUAGACGUCGCCUUCAUGCUAUCGCAAGCGGGCAACCCGUCGCGCGGUAGGGUCGACCUCCAGAUCUUGAAAGGGCUGACCGAGUCGAGGCCGUCGAGUGUAUCGCCGCGGCGAUGA